UCACUUGCAGAACAACUCUGAAUUCAUUCACUGAUUCACAUAACCAUGGAGUUCCCAGCACCUUAUGCAGUUCCAUGGCAGUACCUUCUCCCUCAUAACCGCCUCUCUCCCUACAACAUCAUCCCAGAAAACUAUGUUCAGUGGACAGAAACACCUGAAUCUCACAUUUUCUCAGCUGACAUCCCUGGGGUGAGGAAAGAAGAGCUCAAGGUGGAACUUGAGGACUCAAGGUACCUUAUAAUCAGAACUGUAGCAGUGGAUGAAUCCACAGAGCCUGCGAGGAAAUUCAAGAGGAAGUUCCGGCUGCCCGCGAGGGUUGAUCUUGAUGGCAUCACUGCUGGAUAUGAAGAUGGUGUCUUAACUGUUACAGUUCCAAGAUCAUUAAGGAGAGAUUUCUAUAUUGACGUUUCUGAUGAGCUUGGGAGAGUAGGAGUUCUUGCAAGUGCUGCUUGAUUUGUGUUUGUCUUAGGAGCUACCAAUUGACUAGUUGAUAUUGGAUUCUAGGGAAAUCUAUUCAAUAUUCAUCAAACUUUGAUCUCAUGGUGUCUUCAAUUUGCAUGCUUGGUGAUUCAAGUUGCUUGUGAAUUGUGAUAUUUCACACUGAUAUAGACAUGUGAAUGAAAUUCACCACAUGUUUCUAUUUUAGUUAAUCUUUAUGUCAUGUGUUUGGAUUCCUUUC